CACCACUGAUCGACGCGUCCCAACGAUCCACUAGUCCCUACCUACCCUUCUACUUAUCUAGCUACGCUACUUAAUUUCCCUCUUUCCUUCACCACACCCAUUCCACCACCACAACCACAGUACAUACGUACAAACACCACUCCCCAAGGGACCCAACAAAGAAAAGAUGGGACUAUCUCGCCCCUACCUCCUCCUCUACAACGCCCUCUCCCUCACCCUCUGGGCAACAUGCACAAUCCGAGGCCUCUCGCAGCUCUUCUUCUCUCCGAAUACCAUCCCCCAAAUAUUCACGAACGUCUACCCCCUCCUCCUAACAACCCAAUCCCUCGCCCUACUGGAGAUCAUCCACAGUCUACUCCGUCUCGUGCGCGCACCGGUCCUCACCACCGCUAUGCAGGUCGCUAGUCGCAUUCUGCUCGUUUGGGGAAUCAUGUAUCCGUUCCAGGGUGUCAUUGUGGGGGAGAAAAGUCAGGAGGGUGUUGGGCUGGGUGAUUAUGCCUUCUUGGGGUGUUUGGGCGCGUGGGGUGUGACGGAGUGUAUUCGCUAUGGGUUCUUUGCGUUGCAGUUGUCCGGGGUUGGGGUGCCGGGGUGGUGGGCUUGGUUGAGGUAUAACACUUUCUAUGUGCUUUAUCCUCUGGGUAUCUCCAGUGAGUGUCUUAUGGUGUAUAAGGCGUUGGGGCCGGCUGGGGAGUUGGUGAGUCCGUUGUAUCGGUGGUUUUUGAUUGCGGUGUUGGGGAUUUAUGUUCCUGGGUCGUAUAUUUUGUAUACGCAUAUGAUUAAGCAGAGACGCAAGGCGAUGAGCAAGAAAUAGGUGUGUUGACUGGAUAAAUUGGGGGUGGAGAUAAGAGGUGUGAAGGGUUACAAGUGGGUAUAUGUGUAUGGUAUAGUGGUACUAUGGUAUAGAUGGAUAUAAGCUCGGCAUGAUAAUACACAAUAUAAUGUACACUAUAUACUUGGCAAC